AUGGGACAGGAUGCAUACAUGGAGCCCCUUAGCUCAACAUUUUAUGACUUGCGAUGCAAAAUCUAUGUUCUGCUUUUAGCAGGUGUUUGUUCUGCAUUAAAGCUGACAGUACCAUCACAUAUGAUCCACGGCAUUGAAGGGCAGCCACUCCAGCUAUCAGUUGCAUAUCAUUUCAACAUAAUGGUUUCCGAUAUUCAAAUAACAUGGAUGUUUGAAGGGCCAUCAACGCAGACCAUAUCCCUGCUUAUGUCUGUAAAUCAGACUGUAGUUUCAGAUUUGGAAUAUCAGCACAAAUUUACAUUUACACCUCCCAAUGCAUCACUACUGAUAAAGUCUUUACAUUUUAGCGACGAAGGCAAUUAUACUGUUAAAAUCAAUAUCGCUGGAAAUGGGAGAAUAUCAGCAUGUGAAAAGAUUCACGUUACUGUUGAUGUUCCUGUCACAAAACCAGUGGUACACACUGAACCUUCUGGUGGAGUUGCAGAAUACAAGGGGAACAUUACUUUGAAAUGUACUGUGAGAAACGGCACACGGGUCAUCUACCAGUGGAUGAAAAAUGGAAAUCCCAUCGAAGCCAGCACCAACUACUCUUUGUCUGCAAACCAUGACACACUGUCUAUUGUCCCUGUUGUUAAAGAAGCCAUUGGGAACUACAGCUGUUUAGCCACCAAUUCUGUCAGCGCCAUGCAGAGUGAUAUGAUCAUGCCAACUAUAUACUAUGGACCCUAUGGGCUUACAGUGAAUUCUGAGAAAGGUCAGAAAAUAGGGAAGGUGUUUACAUUUGAUAAAGGCGAAGCAGUCCAGUUUUAUUGCUCAGCGGAUUCCAAUCCACCAAAUAAUUAUUCAUGGAUCCGGAAAGCAGAGAACUCUACGCACGUGAUUACGUACGGACGGUAUCUGGAAGUUGCAUCAGAAAAGGUGACACAGAAAGCCGAAGAAUACCGGUGCAGCGCAUACAAUAACAUGACUGGAAAACGGGAUGAAAUGGGCGUCUUUGUGGUAAUUAUACCGAUAGGAUCGGCAAAGAUGACCCAAAAAGGAAAAUAUUUGUCACCUCUAGCAAUAAUAACUGGAAUUUCCUUAUUUGUGAUAGUAUCAAUGUUCCUUCUACUAUUAUGGAAAAGAUUUCAGCCUCAUAAAGUUAUAAAGCGGAAGUUGCAGAGCAGGCCUGAAACAGAUUACAGAAAAGCACAAAGCAUUUCAGGACAUGAAAAUGCACUAGAUGAUUUUGGAAUAUAUGAAUUUGUUGCAUUUCCAGACCCUACAGGAAUUUCUAGGGUUUCCAGUCAGUCAGAUUCUGGCUCUCACGUUCAGUGUCAAGAUUUUCAUGGUACAGUUUAUGAAAUUAUUGGACAAAUUCCUGAACAGCACCAUGACCAUCAGCAGUAA